AUGAAGCUUUCAACAUCAGGAAUGAGUCAGCAGGGAAAUGAAGGAGGGGAGAAGAAGUGUUUGAAUUCUGAGCUAUGGCAUGCAUGUGCGGGUCCCUUAGUUUCCCUACCGACUGCUGGGACUCGUGUGGUUUACUUCCCUCAAGGUCAUAGUGAGCAGGUUUCUGCCACAACUAACAGAGAAAUUGAUGGUCAAAUACCGAAUUACCCGAGCUUGCCACCGCAGUUGAUAUGCCAGCUUCAUAAUGUUACAAUGCAUGCAGAUGUUGAAACAGAUGAAGUGUAUGCUCAAAUGACGUUACAGCCGUUGACUCCGCAAGAGCAGAAAGAUACGUUUCUUCCUAUGGAAUUGGGGAUUCCAAGUAAGCAGCCUUCGAAUUAUUUUUGCAAGACAUUGACUGCGAGUGAUACAAGCACACAUGGAGGGUUCUCUGUUCCUCGUCGUGCAGCGGAGAAAGUUUUUCCUCCAUUGGAUUUCACACAGCAACCUCCUGCACAAGAACUGAUUGCUAGGGAUCUCCAUGAUGUUGAGUGGAAGUUUCGACAUAUUUUUCGAGGACAGCCAAAACGGCACCUUCUUACAACAGGCUGGAGUGUAUUUGUUAGUGCCAAAAGACUUGUAGCUGGAGAUUCUGUGCUUUUCAUUUGGAAUGAAAAAAAUCAGCUUCUUUUGGGAAUACGUCGAGCCAGUCGGCCGCAAACUGUUAUGCCGUCAUCAGUUCUUUCCAGUGAUAGUAUGCACAUUGGGCUUCUUGCAGCUGCAGCCCAUGCUUCCGCAACUAAUAGCUGUUUUACGGUGUUCUUUAAUCCAAGGGCUAGUCCUUCCGAGUUUGUCAUACAACUUUCAAAAUAUAUCAAAGCUGUUUACCAUACACGUGUUUCUGUUGGUAUGCGUUUUAGGAUGCUUUUUGAGACUGAAGAAUCAAGUGUGCGCAGGUACAUGGGUACUAUAACUAGCAUAAGUGACAUGGAUCCUGUUCGGUGGCCGAAUUCUCAUUGGAGGUCUGUCAAGGUUGGUUGGGAUGAAUCAACAGCUGGAGAGAGACAGCCUCGAGUAUCAUUAUGGGAAAUUGAGCCUUUAACUACAUUUCCAAUGUAUCCAUCGCUAUUUCCCCUUAGAUUGAAACGACCAUGGCAUCCCGGAACUUCUUCUUUUCUCGAUGGCAGAGACGACGCAACAAAUGGACUAAUGUGGUUGCGAGGCGGUCCCGGAGACCAUGGUCUUAAUUCCAUGAAUUUUCAAGGUGCUGGUUUGAUGCCCUGGAUGCAGCAAAGACUCGAUCCCGCCUUACUUGGAAAUGAUCAUAAUCAGCAAUACCAAGCCAUGUUAGCUGGUGGUGGUGGUUUGCAGAAUCAAGGGAAUGCUACUGAUCUGUUAAGGCAACAAAUGAUGAGUUUUCAACAACCUUUCAAUUAUCUUCAACAAUCAGGAAACCUCAGUCCUUUGCAGCUUCAGCAACAGCAAACAAUUCAACAGUUCGCGACAAAUAAUAUCAUGCAACCACAAAGUCAAGUAUUGGCAGAGAACCUGUCUCAGCACAUCCUUCAGAAACCACACAACAAUCGAGAAAACCAAACACAACAACCACAACAGCAGCAAACUUAUCAAGAUACACUUCUAAUUCAAGGUGAUCCACUCCAUCAGAAGCAACACGCAAGUUUGCCUUCACCGUCAUAUUCGAAACCGGAUUUCUUAGAUUCAGGCAUGAAGUUUGCUGCUUCGGUUUCGCCGGGUCAAAACAUGCUUGGUUCACUUUGUUCUGAAGGGAGUGGCAAUCUCUUGAAUUUAUCAAGUGGUCAUUCUGUGCUGACUGAACAGUUACCUCAACAAUCAUGGGCAUCAAAGUAUUCACCUUCACAGAUCGAUGGCAUUGGAAACUCAAUGUCGCACGUGCAGUAUUCCGGAAGAGAUACAUCACUCGUGCCACCACAUUGCAACUCAGAUGCCCAAAAUUCUGUUCUGUUUGGGGUCAAUAUAGAUUCGUCUGGCCUUCUGCUCCCUACCACUGUUCCUCGUUAUUCUACUGCACCAGCUGAUGCCGAUGCAUCGACAAUGCCAUUAGGAGAGUCUAGUUUCCAGGGUUCUCCAUAUCAUUGCAUGCAGGAUUCAUCAGAUCUGUUGCAAAGUGUGGGGCAAAUCGAUGCUCAAAACCAGAUGCCGACAUUUGUGAAGGUAUACAAAUCAGGUUCAGUAGGGCGCUCCCUAGACAUCUCGCGGUUCAGCAGCUAUCACGAACUGCGGGAGGAGUUGGCCCAGAUGUUUGGAAUUGAGGGGAAUUUUGAAGAUCCUCUUAGAUCAGGCUGGCAGCUUGUAUUUGUCGACAGGGAGAAUGAUGUUCUUCUCCUUGGAGACGAUCCGUGGGAAUCAUUUGUCAAUAAUGUUUGGUACAUCAAAAUACUUUCUCCUGAAGAUAUGCAGAAAAUGGGAGAACAAGCCAUUGAAUCCCUUGGUCCAAGAUCUGGACAAAGGCAGAGUAACACUGGUGCAGAAUCUCAUGACAUUGUUUCAUCAUUAGGCUCACUCGAAUACUGA